ACAGACAUCAGUCAGCAGCGGCAGCAGCAGCAGCAGACCAGCAGUAGUCCACAUGGACAAAAUUCCUUCGCACUUGAGAGCCGCUGCUGCAUCGCUGCUGCUGUUGGCUGUAUCGCGUGAUGCUGACGCGUAGUUUCGUGCAUGUAUUAGCUACACAAUCACACACACACACGUUAAAAUACGCUCGGUUUGUGGAGCGGCGGCCGGAGAGUGGGAGAAAGAUACGCGCGCGUCAAGUGCUCGGGCGGAUCGAGUGUGUAUAGAAGCUCUGGAAGGAGCGAGUGCGAGUGAGAGACACUAGUUGCAGCAGUGAGUAGCGUUGUAUCGUGUCGCGCCAGGCCAAUAUACACACAUGUAUAUACCAGCGCUAUACACUCCCCGCCUUUAAAUGCUGCGCCGUAAAAGCAAUUACUGUAAGCGACUCGACGACUAUACUCAGCAGCUCCUGCGUCGCAGCGGACAACAACAGCAGCGGAGCAGACUCUACUGUACAGGAGCAUGUAGCAUGUGCAGCCCCUCGAUUACCCCCUUCGAAGCGAAACGAUCUUCUGCCGAUGUCGCCGUCGCCGCGCAAUAACGACUGAGCCCAGCCCGUUUUUUACACGACUCCUCUCCUUCCUUGCCUCUCGUACUCUUGCCUAGCUGCGUAUUCGCGAGGACGGCGGCAUUAUAAUCGCUGGGACAAUAUAAGCGCCUAUGCGCGCCAACCGAUUCGCCGACGAUGAUGAUGACAGCGACAUGGAGAAAAGUCAAGGAACAUCAGAUGGGCGUUGCCAUCAGCAAUUUCACACAAGAAGAAGAUUUUCGAUUGCAACUCAGCGUGGGAGAUGCUGUUAUCAUAAAACAAGAAUGCGACGAAUGGUAUUAUGGUUGCAAGAAGUACGAUGGGAAAGAGGGGAUUUUCCCCAAAUCUUACAUACACAUCCAGCAGAAGUAUCCAAACAUGGAAUCACUUAUGAACGAAAUCACAAGCGUGCUGAGGGAAUGGGGAUACUACUGGAAGCAAUUAUACAUCGCUCACUCGGAGCACUUUGUAACAAUCCAACAACAGAUCCUAGAACUCAUAGGAUAUCGAAGCAAAAUUUUAAGUGGCACUUUGACAGUUGACGAACUGAAAGAUAUGAAGAAGCUAGCGACAUCAAAAAUAGAUACGGGUAAUCAGUUAUUAGGACUUGACAUGGUAGUCAGAGAUGAGCAUGGGAAUAUAUUGAAUCCAGAACAAACCAGUACGGUUCAAUUAUACUACAACCACGAGACUGCAGCAGAAAGAAUUAGGAAAGCAACAACUGAAACAAAGAAGAAAACAAUGAAAGCCCAAACUCCAGUUUAUUCUUAUAUAUUUUUUGUCAACAUCAGAAAUUUCGUUUGCAAAAUGGCUGAGGAUGUCGAAUUGCUACUGACUUUGUAUGACAGCAAAGAAAUGAGAGCCAUAACGGAAAAUUACGUUUUUUCGUGGAGCAAACAAGGUCUCAUGACUGACAUAGAUCAAUUGCACAACCUCAAAGUUCUCUUCACUGAUCUGGGAAGUCGCGACUUGUCUAGAGAGAAAGUUUUUUUAGUUUGCUAUGCUAUCCGAGUAGGAGGGAUGGAAGCCAAGGAUGUCGAUCACAGACGCUCAAGCGUUGUGCAGAAUAAUCAAAAAUUAAAAGGUCAUGAGAGCAUGAGAAGACCUUUUGGUAUUGCUGCUAUGGAUGUUACUGUUUUCAUAAAUGGCAAACUUGAAGGAGACCCCGAAAUGGAGUACUGCAUUCCAUUUUUACACUGUGAGAAGGAAAGUUUGGAUGGUACUUUGCGACGAAUUCUUACGCAAAAAGAAGUCAAUUUGCAAAAGAAUAGCAGUGUAGGAAACAAUGUAGGUCAAGGGCUUUGGUGCAGUUUAAAAUUGUUAAGAGGAGAUAUAAAACAAGUAAGAGAUGAGAAUCCUCAUUUAGUUCUUGGUAAUGUAUCAGUUGCUCGUAAAAUGGGUUUCCCAGAAGUGAUAUUACCAGGAGAUGUUCGCAAUGAUUUAUAUUUAACGUUGGUAAGCGGAGAAUUUAGUAAAGGUUCCAAAUCAACAGAUAAAAAUGUUGAGGUGACUGUCAAAGUGUGCAAUGAAGAUGGUGUGGCUAUACCAGGAGUGAUAACUCUUGGUGGAGGCGCACAAUGUAUUGACGAGUAUCGUAGUGUAAUAUAUUAUCAUGAAGAUAAACCCAGAUGGUGUGAAACCUUCAAGAUUGCAGUUCCAAUAGAAGAAUUUAAGCAAGCACACUUAAAGUUUACUUUUAAGCAUCGAAGUUCUAAUGAGGCUAAAGACAGAUCUGAGAAGCCAUUUGCUCUGAGUUAUGUCAAAUUAAUGCAACGUAAUGGUACAACUCUGCAAGAUACGCAACAUGAAUUAUUAGUUUAUAAGAUUGACAAUAAAAAAUACGAAGAAAACGAAACUAACUACUUGAAGUUACCAUCUACCAGAGAAGAAUUGAACGAGCUGAAUUUGGAGAAAAAACCCAGUAUUGGCCCUUUAAGUUUAUCUACAAAAGAUAACUUUUUAAUAGCUACAAACGUCUGUUCAACCAAGCUGACUCAAAACGUAGCUUUAUUAGGUUUACUCAACUGGUCUUCCUCUAAAACGGAUCUCAAAGAAUCCCUCGCAGCGUUAAUGAAAGUUGACGGUGAAGAAGUAGUCAAAUUUUUACAAGAUGUCUUGGAUGCCUUAUUCAGCAUUUUAAUGAGCAAUACAGAUAUUGACGAUUACGACGAUAUGGUUUUCGAGUGCCUUCUUUACAUUAUAGGAUUAGUUUCUGAUCGUAAAUACCAACAUUUCCAGCCAGUUUUAGAUUUAUAUAUUUCUGAAAGUUUUUCUGCUACUCUAGCUUAUAAGAAACUGAUAGCAGUUUUAAAGAAACGUAUUGAAAGUGCUAGCGUUAAUGACGGUCAAGAGAAGGACUUACUGUUAAAAACUAUGAAGAAUCUGCAGUACUGCAUGAGAUUUAUCGUAGAAUCUCGGCUUCUGUUCACUGAAUUAGAUCAAGAUGAGGAAGAGUUUUCGCAAACGCUCACGGAACUUCUGAGAUCCAUUGUUGACCUUAUGAAAUACGAAACCGACGGAACUCUUCUAGUUCAAGGAGCUUGCUUAAAGUAUUUGCCGUCCACAAUACCUCACCUGCUCAAAGUUUACAAUGGAAAACAGUUGAGCAUGAUUUUAAUCGACUUACUUGUCACUCUUCCCACGGGGAGGCUGACCAAGCAGAAAAUGAUGACCGUAAACGACAUCGUACACAGUAAACUGUUUUUGACUGCGGAAUACAGGCAAAUUUUACUGCCAAGGAUAACCAUCCUUGUACGAGACCUUUUGGAUGCUAAGGAAGAGGGACUGUUGGGUAAGCCUGGCAAGAGCGUGGCGAAGGUAGCCAAGCUGCUCGGUGAAAAUAAGCAUCGACUGAACCAGCACCGCGGCUACUCUGAAGAGGUCGAGCUCUGCGUGAAGAUCUUGUCGGACGUGCUAGACCUCACCUUCCGAAAGGACGUCGGUAAUACCGCCUCGGACAUCAAGGAGAUCAUGCUGACGGCUCUCAGAACUAUUAUACAAACCGAGAUAAAUAUGGACAGGGAGAAUCCUUUGGUGGGCAAUUUGGUUUCCGUCAUGCUGUCGAUAUUCAGGCAAAUGACUGAGCACCACUACAAGAUCUACAUCCAGAACUUCGACACGCAGUUCGACCUGUUGGACUUUCUCAUGGAGAUACUGAUGGUCUUCAAGGACCUCGUGUCCCGGAGCGUCUUCCCCAACGACUGGUGCGAGAUGAUAAUGUUGCAGAACAGUGUCAUCCUCAAGGCGCUGCGAUUCUUCUCGACGACCAUUCGCGAGCUGUUCAACAAGGAUUUCGAGCAGCAGGCCUGGUCCAAUUUCUUCCACUGCGCCAUCGCCUUCCUCACUCAACCGGCUCUGCAACUCGAAAACUUCACGCAGGCCAAGCAGAAGAGGAUACUCGAGCGCUACAAGGACAUGCGCAGGGAGACCGCAGUGGAGAUUCACAAGAUGUGGAUCAGUCUUGGGGUUAAGAAAAUACUCUUCGUCCCGGCACUCGUGGGUGCUAUACUCGAGAUGGCUUUGAUCCCGGACAUGGAUUUGCGAAGAGAUGCGGCUAUACCGAUAUUCUUCGACAUGAUGCAGACCGAGUACUUCCGCUCCAAGUACGUCGAGGGUUUCAGCGACAAAAGGACCACGGGAAAUAUCAGGGCUAAUUUCAAUGAAUUCGAGAACGAAAUGAUUGCUAAGCUCGAUCACUUGGUCGAGGGCGGAAAAGGCGAUGAGGACUUUCGCGAUCUCUGGGUCAAAGAAAUGACUCCGCUUUGCGAGAACCACAACCUGUUGCGCGAGCCGGGGCUUCGUUUUGUUGAAACGGUGGCUAAACUGAUGGAUCACCUGUUGCAGUAUCGGGACGUUAUUCACACAGAGUCCCAGGAACACAGAAUGCUCUGUACGGUCAAUCUUUUGGAAUUUUACUCCGAGAUAAAUAGAAAUGAAAUGUACAUUAGAUACGUCAAUAAGCUAUGUGAACUACACUUGGAGUGCGACAAUUAUACGGAAGCUGCUUACACUUUGCAACUACACAGUCGAUUACUCACUUGGAGUGAUCAACCCUUACCACCAUUGCUGAAAUCUAGCAGAUAUCCGCAUUGCCAGACUCACCGUGAGUUGAAGGAAUGUCUGUAUAAUGACAUAAUCGAUUACUUUGACAAGGGAAAAAUGUGGGAGUCUGCUUUGUCCGUUUGCAAAGAGUUGUGUGCACAGUACGAGGAGCAAACUUACGAGUAUUUGCAGUUGUCUGUACUUUUGAGGAGAAUGGCCAAAUUUUACGACUCGAUAGUUAAGCAACUAAGACCAGAACCUGAAUAUUUUCGCGUGGCAUAUUACGGACGCGGUCAUCCGGCUUUUUUGCGCAACAAAGUUUUCGUCUACAGAGGAAAGGAAUACGAAAGGCUCAGUGAUUUUUGCUCGAGAACGCUGAAUCAGUUACCGAGUGCAGAACAAAUGAAUAAACUGUCUCCUCCUAGUGAAAAAGUUAUGGAAUCUAAUGUGCAGUAUGUGCAAAUCAAUAAAGUAGAACCGCUUAUGGACGAAAAGAAAAAUAGGUUAAGUGGAAAACCUAUUACUUCCGAACCAGUUUUAAGGUAUCAUCGCGUGAAUAAUGUACAAAAGUUCCGUUUUUCGAGACCUGUUCCACGAAAAGAAAAUGGCGAUAAAGAAAAAGAGGCAGGAAACGAGUUUGCCUCACUUUGGCUAGAGAGGACCGUGUUAGCUACUAGUCAUCCACUGCCAGGAAUACUUAGAUGGUUCCUUGUUGUUUCAAGUAAAACAUACUCGGUAAGCCCGCUAUGCAACGCAAUCGAAACAAUGGAAGCCACCAAUUCAGCUUUAAGAGAUCUUAUUAUUUCGUACAGAGCUGACAACAGUCUACCGCUGAAUCCACUGAGUAUGAAACUCAACGGAGUUUUAGACCCUGCUGUAAUGGGAGGUAUUGAUAACUAUGAGAAAGCAUUUUUAAAUGCUGAAUACAAAGAAGCACAUCUUGAAGAAAGUAAAGAUCUCGAGAAGCUAGAAAAUUUGAUAGCCGAGCAAAUUCCUUUACUUGGCGUUGGCGUCCAAUUACACAAGUCACGAGCAUCGCAUGAACUCGCACCUUUCCAUCAGCGGCUCGAACAAUGUUAUGCCACUAUGCGAGCGCAGGUGGAAGCCAAAUAUGGAAAAAGGACAUGCGAUUUACAAGUGGAAAUUCCAACUCACUCGGUUACUAUGAGAAGGCAUGUAUCGAAAGGAGACACCAAUUGUCUAUCCGAAACAAGCACCGUAAGCAAUGAUUGCGGUACGCGCUCCAGAGUUACUUCACUUACAAGAACACAAGUUGCUGCUCUAAAGUCUCUAGCAACCUUCAAUUUCAACAACAGUUCCUCUAUCUCGGGAUUACCGAGCGUGGGGUUAACAAGAAAUAAUAACUCGACACGCUCGCAUAUCUUGUCAACAACGUCGUUACAAAAAGCACUCGGUAAUUCUAAUACUGGCACAAGUAAGAAGAAAGAUUCCAAACGACGAAGUUCUCGAAAGAGUGAGAAUACGCCAAAUUCCAAAGCGGAACAGCCCACAAGCCAAUGGUACACUAUGCCGGAGCCAAACAUUCAGUGCCAAACGUCACCUCUCAUUUCUGCUUCGACACCCAGUCUUCCCUCAACUCCCAUAUUCGAACUCAGACAGGAGCUAACACCAACGCGACCACUGAGAUCGGAGGCUGAAAAAGAGCGCCGACUGAGCAAUCGUUGGUCAGGUCAGUCCCAGACGUACCUACGUUCGACGAGUAAUGGCUUGGAUACGCACAGUUUAGGCAAAGGGAACCGUGACAGCGUCGGUACCACAGACAGUACGGCGUCGGAAGACGAUCCACCGCCACCGCUACCUCUGAAAACUCGCGAGGUCGACUACUGCAAUCUGCCGGAUGACAGUUCCUUUAACUACUGCUCGACUAGUAGUCUCGUUAGUCUCAGUCGGGCUGUUGUUUACCGUCCAAAGAGCAAACUACCGGUGCCGAUUGACGCUUUGGAUGGUCAUAGUAAACCGCCUACGCCACCACCCAAGCCUAAGAGACCACUCUAUGCCAUGACCAAAGCUCCACUCAUUUCGCCGAGCGACUCAGAGAGUUCAAACCAGGACUCGUCAACGGCAUGACGACUCCCUUCGCGACUCUACCUAGCCAUAUAUUAUUAUUACCUGAGAUACUUGUAGCUGUUACUUCUUAGCCUAACUAGAGCAUUUUCCGUUUCUAUCGAAUGCUAUUUUCGCAAGAGCAAGGCAAACACAAAGUUGAGGAUAAAUAUUUUUAUCGUAUUUUUUAUAGAUAACGUUUUUAUGAUAACUAUUGUAAAUUUUUUAACAAAGCGCACAAUUUUUAUAACUCUUUUAUAUAACAAGAGCUGCGGCAUUGAGGAACCAUGACGUUUUGAUACUAAUUUUUAAACGAAGGUACCCGAAAAUUCAGUGGAGAAUAUCAAGAUUGGGUCCUUUAUUUUUACCACGAAUGCGUCUAUUUAUAUUGACAAUAUUUUUUACGAUAAACGAACGCCUACAAACUAUUUUAGUAUUAUUGAAAGCAUCUACGUUAACAACGACGUAACUAACUUUGAAUAAAGUUCAUUAAUACUCAGUUGGUUCGUAUACAUACAUACUUUAACGACCGUGCAAUUCAUUGUCAUAAAAAAUUUUAUUAAGCGUAAAAUUUUAUACGUUCCAGGGGCGUGAGUCUUAAACGCUUAACUUUUUCCCCUAGUAAAUUUGUUAAUUAUUUAUUUUUUUUUACGCAGUACGUGAAUACUACUAUCUUUCAUUGUCAUGCCAAAGAAACCAUUGUUAGUAUUAUAUAAUAAUGUCAGCUGCAGUCCUUUAAAAUUAAGGCCUAGUAUUAUAUGAAAAGAGGUCCCGAGAAUUCAUUGCUUAGCAACGCCAUAGAUUCGAUGAUUGAAAAUAUAAAUUCACGCUAGUCUACCGGAUAAUGCGAAGUUUCCGUGAUGAGUGUAUUCAAAUAUGUGCCGAAAUUGAAAGUUAUCACCGUGCCAUUUUAAUAUGUAGAAAGCUUUUAUAGUUCAAUAUUUUUUAGGGACCAGCUAAUUGCGAAUUGAUGAAUAAAAAUAUCUAGAGCUACAUUUGUUUAUUGUUAUAAAAUGUCAUUUUAUACAUAAUAUAUUGUCAUACUUCAUGAAA